AUGGUAAUGAGGGAAGAAACAAUAAAAUCGCUAGAAGAUCCUUACAAAUAUCACUACAAAGAAGAAUGGUUAAAUACUAAAGAUCCCGAUGAACAACAAUUAUUCGAAAUAUUUGCCUUUGGAAACAUUAAAGAUCUACCGGAAAACAUAAUCCUAACAUCAUUAAUGCGAUCAAAACUGGAGAAAUUAACAUUGGUAACAUUAAGCGAAAUAUAUAAUGAGUUAAGUUACGAGUUAAUUAAAGAAGAAUGUCAAAUUGAAGACGAUGGUAUCAUCGAAAGCCAUUUAAUUCAGCUACAGAAUAUUUUUAAAGCAGAGAUGGAUUCAGUCAGUAAAUCUAUGAAAUUUUCAAGAAGAUUUGACUGUAGAGAUGUGUACUGUCAUGAAAAGGAACUGACUAUAAUUAAAAAUCCGCGAGUGACGAAAGAGUAUUUAGUUCAAAAUCUUCGGAGCUGGGAAACAAAGCUCAAACAGAAUAUAUUGGAGUAA